GAAAACAAAGAAAGAAGCACACUUCCUGAGUACGCUUAACGCUUUAGAGGUGGGCACGAAGCAAAGCUUUGAUCUUUCUGAAACUGAAGUCUUGUUUUAGAGUAUGGAAGUUGGUGAAAGCUCUUCUGGCAAUUGCUCCUCCGACGUAAUCUGGGCCAAACUUGUACCAUCUGACUCGAGAUAUUCGGAUAUUGAGUUAAGGUCGAAUGAAGAGUUGAUCUCUUCAGCAAUCACAUUGUCCACAUUCGAAAAGCAGGAAUGGUGUAAACUAAUAAGGAAUUCUGAUCAACGUUCUGCCACAAUACAAAAUACUAGUCCAAACACAAUACUCGUUGAUGAGACUUCCAUAAAUAGCGAUGAUGAUAUCAUUGUCAACUGUGGAAGUGAAAUUAUUCCUUGUCCUGCAAAACAAGGUUACUUGAGUUAUAGAUUUAAAGUAAUGCCUCCUCCAGAAUCCAACAUGCAGAAAUUAAUGGUCCGCAUAGAUGCUGAGCAUGCAAAAUGUAGCAUUUGCUUGAACAUAUGGCAUGACGUUGUUACUGUUGCUCCUUGCCUUCAUAAUUUCUGCAAUGGGUGCUUCUCAGAGUGGUUAAGGAGAUCAGAGGAGAAACAUUCCACUGUGCUCUGCCCUCAUUGUAGAGCAGUUGUAAAAUUUGCUGGUAGAAAUCAUUUUCUCCAUAAUAUUGAGGAGGAUAUCCUGCAAGCUGAUUCUUCAUUAAAACGGCCAGAUGAAGAAAUUGCUAUUUUAGACUCCUUUGCGUCAAUAAGGUCUAAUCUUGUUAUUCAAAAUGGGAAGAAGUCAAAUAGGAAGAGGGCAUUUUCAACUUUGGAUAUGGACAGUGAUGAUGGAGAGUUCCCAUGCCCUCAAUGUGGUAUGGAAAUUGGUGGCUUUCGCUGUGGACCGAACAUGGUCCAUUUGCAAUGUCAAGCUUGUGGAGGAACGAUGCCUUCCAGGACAGAUAUUAAUGUGCCUCAACACUGUUUGGGAUGUGAUAGAGCAUAUUGCGGUGCUUAUUGGAAUUCUCAAGGGGGUACCAGAAGCAACUCUCACUUGGUGUGCAGUCCUGAAAAUUUUAAACCGAUUUCACAACGUACGAUCUCACGGAUUCCAUUUGUGACUCAUGAAAAAAACCGCCAUGAACAAGAUAUUACUGAGAGGUGCAUCAGACAGAUGGGGAAGACACUGCAGGAUGUUAUUUCAGAUUGGAUUGGAAAAUUCAACAAUAGAGAAAUUGAUCGAACAAGGUUGCCUCUGAGUCAUGCUGAGAUGAUAACUGCUGGAACAUUUGUUUGCAAUGAUUGUUAUGACAAAUUGGUCUCCUUUCUCUUGUACUGGUUUCGAAUUUCAACGCUUAAAGAUUUGUUGCCGGCGGAUGCAGUUAGAAGGGAUGAUUGCUGGUAUGGGUAUGCAUGUCGGACACAGCACCAUAAUGAAGAUCAUGCUCGCAAACGAAAUCACGUCUGUCGGCCGACAAGGGGUAGGGAUAUGUAACCCACACCUCCAUACAUGCAUCUUUCAACUUCUUUUGAUUGCAGAUCAAGGUUUUAAAUAGAUAAGUUAUGAGCUCUAUUUAACUGUAAAUUAAAUUACUUUAUCUGUUCCUAAAAUAAUUGUAGCAGUUAUAUUAUGAUUAUCUUGUUUAAUUUCUAAUUUAGUAAUUUAAUUUAUAAAUGUUUUUAUGAAA